CUGGGAUUUACGUCUUCUCAGCUUCACGUCCUCCACUUUGCUCCCAAACUUCAGCCGUGAGCGCAGAUUCUCCAUCUUCACAUAAACCUCUUGCGGGCAUAGCUCACCUGUCCCCGGAUGUGUGGCAGCAGCAGGUAACUGUACGCUCCUGUAGGUGGCGCAGUGCAGCUUUUGGAGGUCAAAGUUCAGCGUAGAAGAAGAAUGUCAUCCUGCUGUAACUGACUGUCCUGCUUGUUGUUUCUUCUGUUUUUAUCUCCUCGGGUUUUUAUCCUUGUGCGUCUGCUCCGGAGUUACAAACACAUCGAUCAAAAGGCUUCCUCGGUUCACUAUUGGGAAUCCUAAUUUUUAAAAAAUAAAUCAUGUUUCGAAGAAGACUGCCUUUCACACAGUUAGCCUUUGCCACAAUGCUCGGAGUUGCCGGUGGAAUUUACAUCUACAGACCUUAUUUCGAGACAGUGCCAAAGACAUCAGGACAGCAGAUUCAGGACAAGCCAAAACAACAGAAUGAAAGGGACUGAAGGAGUUCGAGAAGGCAGGAGGCUGCUGGACUGGAGGCCAAACAAAAAGACAAGAUCACCAUGGAUGAAUUCAUACUGAUUCCUGCUGUUUGUGAUUAUAAAUGUACAGAAUAAAUAUUUAAUAAUUUCAUGUUCUCAUAUCUGUUUCAGAAUGACUUGUAACAAAAUUAAUUACUCAUCAGUUUCUUUAAAAAAAAAAAAGUCUUUGUCUUACACUCUUACAGUUGUCUGUAGGAGUUAUCUUUCAUAUGAGUAAACGCUGUUACCCAUGAGACUGUGAGCCCAUAAAGCUUAGAGAUAACUAAAUUGAUCAAACAUUACUAAAAGCACUGUGACGGCCCUCUAGUUGCCCUUAGUUGCCCUUGCUGAGUGUUAUACAGUGCCACAUUCACAUGCAGACAUCUGCAAAGAGAAAAUGAGGUUUGUGGUCGACAGGAGCCUGAAAUCAGGUCACAUUUUGUUCUGCCACAUGAAAUGCAUUUGUGUCUGUUCAUGGAAUAAAUGAAGUAACAAUGCAACUAUA